AUUUUCACCUUUUCUCUUCAACUUAACUGAACCUGGAGGCACGUAGAAGGCCAUUCACAUUCAGAACUCUUCAGCAUUAAGAAUCAAAAGCAUUUUUUCUUAUCAACCGUCUUAGACUUUUCCGUUUAAUCAAAAGCCAAAAAAUUGAAAAAAAAUCCAAUCUCCUCCUCAAAAAGCCGUGAAAAUCGAAGCAACAAGCAUGUGGGCCGAGCUAGUUUGCGGCGUGGUUCUUUACCGCUUAGUGAAGCGCUUUUUCUGGCAAGACGACGCCGUCUCCAAUCUCGAUUCGGCCCAUUUCAAUUCUCUCUUCGCCGUCGCUCAAAGGUUUGAAAAGCUUUACCAUGGAUGCAAGGUUUACGUGGGGCUCCAGAUUCCUGACCCGGAUUCAGCUUCUCGCAAGAAUAUUGAUCUUGUUCUCGUCACUAAUCACAAAAAGGAAAAUGGAAAAUCCCAAUUGCUCGACCUGGUUUAUCUUGAAAAAGAGAAGAAGGCAGUGGUGAUUUCAGUCCAGAAUAACAUAUUGGGUUUCGUAUCGAUUGAUAAGGAAAACCAGUGGUUGUGUACUGAUAUAACUACCCAAAAAACCGAGAUUUUUCCAGACCCUGUAGGUGAAACUAAACAAUUAGUUUCCAUCCUUGAAGAAUAUCUCGAGCAAAGGGGAGUUGUUCUUCCAGAAGGAUAUAUGUCUUUCAAAGUUAUUUGCCCAAGCCCUAGUUUUCCCGCCCAUAACCUAGAUGCUUUUCCCCAUGAGGUCAUUACUUACGAGCAAUGGAAGAAGUUGAAACCCGAGCAAAGAAGUUUGUAUUCUAAUUGGAUCAAAGGCUCUUUUUUUACUGGAAAGAAGAAAGUGCAGGAGUCAUUUUGUGACAACCUUAACUCUGUUCUCAGCACGGCCCCAAUUUGGGAUAGGUUGGAGCUAAAAGACAACAAGUACAUUUUAGGAGAAUUUAUCGAGUUCAAAGGCAAAUCAGACGAUCUCAACUCAUUAAGAAAGAUCAAGAGAUCGAAAGUUAGUCAUCUGGCAGUCCACACGACCAGCAUGUUUGGUUUUGCUUCUUCAACAGUCAUAGUGAGGUUUACACCUCGUGAUUAUCGUGCGCAAGGACCUUCUUGGUCUUCGCAUUGGCAAGAAAUUACGGUUAGUUCGAGCUCGGAGGUUUUGUUUCAACCGCAAAACUCGAAAAAACCAUUCAAGUAUAAGCUUUCUUCAGUUGUUUCUGUUGUACUAAGUGCAUGAGUGUUGUUAAUGGACAAGUGAACUUGGAUUUUUUAUGUAAACAAAUUGUGGUAAAUUUUUUUACCACAAUGUAAAGAGCUUGACUCCUUAUGAUGUAUGCUUCACCUGUUGGUCCCUUUUUUCAUUCAUUGUUUAGCUAUGGAUAAUUGCUAAUAACAUCAUUUAUACUCAACCUAAUUAAAACAAAAAAA